GGCCACGGCUGCUUAGGACGCCUGCCAAACUUUUAGGUGCCAUUUACGCCAAUCCUCUGGCUGAAAUGACUAAGAAGGCCGCAGAAGUCAUCGAGCACCGGAGAAAAAACCCGCAAGUUCGAAUACCGGACAUGGCCCAAAUUCUUUUGGACGGUCUUGUCGACGAGGCAGUUCCUGAAGUGGUCAAACACGAACUUCGCGCAGAUAGCACAGCUCCUCUGCCACCAGAGACACUCUACCAACUGGCAUCGAAUUGCAUGGUGGUAUUCAUUGGAGGGUACGACACCACGAGGUUGGUUCUGACUAACUGGUUUUACGUUAUGGCUAGAUAUCCGGAGGUGCAGGAGAAAAUGCGUCAAGAAGUGCUUGAGGCUUUCGCAAAAGAGGCAGGCCAACUAUCUCUGCUCACUCUGACUACACUUCCUUACUCGAACCAAGUUAUUUGCGAGACGAUGCGUUUGUACCCACCGAUCAUCACAUUUACCACACGGUGCGCGGACGAAGACUAUCGUUACGGAAAGUAUCUGAUCAAGAAAGGAACCUCUGUUAUGGUGCCUACGUACCAGCUGCACCAUGAUCCAGAGUACUGGGAUGAGCCAGAAAAGUUUGACCCGGAAAGAUUCAGCUCGGAAAACAAGCACUCCAAUAACGCAAUUGCCUACCAACCUUUCGGCCUCGGGCCGCGCACAUGCCUUGGUCAGCGCCUAGCGCUUGCCGAGCUGGCCUCAGCGACUGCGCACGUUCUGCGACACUAUUCCAUUGCUCUGGGCAAGAGCCAAAAGCGUGACCUAGAGAUGGACACCUACUCCAUUAUGGCAGCACCUAAGGAAAAAGUUUUCAUACGGCUGCGUAGGCUCCAGCAAGCGCAGUAACCCCCACUGAUACAUCUAAGUAAACGGGUAUUUU